AUGAAGAAAUUGUACAAGGGAGAAAUUCUAUUUCACAAAGUAACUUCUCAAAGGUCGAAGGUGUGGUAUCCAUUGCUUGUGUUGGACUACCUUUAUAGGAUAGAUCUAACAUACUCUCCCGCAGGCCACUCAACCUCCGUCUACACUAGACACCGGCGACUCCACUUCCGGCCACAGCAGCAGGCGAUUUUAUCUCAGUCUGAACCUAAACAGAAACGCGACAAAUUUCACGAGAAUUUUGGCGGCAAAAUGGAACUGAUCAAGCUAUCAAAAUUCAAGCUCCAGCUCCAAACCCUAAUCACAGAAGUUCGUGAACUCAGAGAAAAGGAACGCGCUUCUUCCAAUCAACUUCACGAUUAUGUCCAGAAACAGAAGCAAAGUGAUGAAGAAUUCAGUAUAAAGAUUAAGGAAUUGGAAACCGAGUUAACAUCAUCUAACGAACUGCAACAGAAGCUAGAACGUAAGGUCCAGUUCCUUGAAGAUGAGAAUUAUUUACUUGAAAACAAGCAUAAAGAACUGAAGGAAACUAUAAGCAGCAUACUCCAAGAAAAAGAAGACUUUGUUAAAGCUUACCAGGAAUCCACUUGUGAAAUGAAAAGAUCCAUUGAAUCCAGAGAUAGAAAGAUUAGCAUUCUUUCUGAGAAGAUAAAUGCUCACCUCAUAUCAUUUCACACAAUACACAAGGAAGCAUUAGUUGUGAAGCAAGUAGUGGAUAAUGCAACUCAUGUUGUCAAUGAGAAAGAGGAAGUAGUGUCUCAGUUGAAGAUGAAAUUGGACAAAGUAUGUGCAUUUGAGAAGUUAUUCAUUGAAAAAAUCAAGGAUCUUGAAACUAAACUAAAAAUUAAAGAAAGUGAGUUUCACAAAAAGGAUAGAACAUUGCAAUCGCUUAACAAACAUCACCUUCAAGAAACUAUACAGAUGAAGGAAGGAAUCAUAGAGACAUUAAUAUCAGAAAACAAGGCCUUGCAUUCUGAAGUAGGGAUGUUAGUAGUUACUGUUAGGAAAAUUCAAGAUACAAUCGCACGUAUGGAUGAAGAAGAUAAAGAAACAAAUGUAGCAACUUCUCAUCACAUAGAUUCUAGAGCAACUGUGUCAGAGUUAGAUUCAGAAUGCUCAACUACACAAGAAGGAAUUUGUUGAUAAUUGGAUUUCUAUAAAAGGUAAUAUUCAUUUUUUUUAAUGUCUAGUGAUGUGAAUGAUAUAUUAAGAUUAGUAUAUAUAUCUAAAAUAGUG